AUGUCAGGUCCGAUUCAGGUCCAUUACUACCAAUUCGAUCUCAAUAAGCUUGGCAUCUAUCAAUGGUCUUACCGGAUGAAAGGAUUAGUCCAUAGAAUGAAUGGGAAGUGUUGUACUUUGCGUCUUCAUGAGGCACAUGCAUCGAUGCAGAUUCCCAUGCCAAAACUUCCGUGUUCAUAUUGGAUGACCCAUAGGAUAAAGAACUGGGUAUCAGGCGCACAAAAUACGACCUCCUCCAAAGCCUCCCCCCCAACUAAAUAUCAAUAUCAAUACUCCAGAAUUAGGCUGAGCCUGAAGCUAAAGUGGUACCGAAGAUGACCUGAAAGGUUUCAGCCGAAAGACGUGGGCGCGCGUUGUAAUAUGACAGUAAGCAGUAUUAUUUUGAUACUGGACUAUUGUUUCCUUGUUGUUUUCGUUCAUCUUCCCUCUUUCUUAGCUUUUCGCAACUCUAAUAGGAGGAACCUUCAGUUUUACCGACGUCGUUAUACCCAGUGGAUGCAAAAAAACAUACCAUUGACCACUCUGAUAAUAAUCACUCUGUCUCGGCUGUGGGGGAUGUGGGUUGUGGGGCUAUCUCUGCACUAUCGGUAACGUCCUCUGCACUAUCGGUAGCGUCCUCCGCACUAUCGGUAACCCCCUCUGCUCUAUCGGUAACGUCCUCAGUAGCCUGUGCAUUCUCUGGAUUCACAGGAUUAUUUCUUGGCUUGAUUCUUUUCUGUAGGGUAUCUUCAUCAUUACCAUGUUCGUAUGUGGGAUAGCAAUACGCACCGCAGGGUCCGACUGCAUACUAUUGUACCGUUCUUCCGUUUCACGGC